AUGGCACUCUUAACACCCCAGGGAGUAAAAAAAGUCUUCCAAUUUCAGAAACCAGAAGGUAGGGAGCACCUACGGAGACUGUUGAACUGGGAAGAGUUUGAUGAAGUGAGAGACUCCCGCAGAAGCAUUCUGCUGGAUACCCUCUAUGAAAGCAUCAUCUUUGCCGUGGGCAAAGGUUUCCCAUGGGUGGAAGUGGCCAAGGUGGUCAAGUUCACGGAAGAGCUGCUCAAGGAAACCAAAGCCAUGUUCUAUUUCUUCCAGGAGUUAGAAAAGCUCAUUGAUGAGGUCAUUCACAUUGAGACUGAAUGCCUGAAGGAGCUGCUGCAAUAUGAGAUACAGAUAACUUUUGAUAUUUUGGACCUGAAACUUCAGAAGACUUUGAACCUCAAUGCUCCUAUCCCUUCCCCCCUCUCUAUCACUGGUCAGCCAGACCAAGAUGAAUCUCUUAAGUUCUACAAAACAAACAAAGGAAAGAAAGCAAAAGCAAAGAAGAAGUAG